AUGGCCUCCAGAUCAUGCAUAUGUCGGGUGUCGGCGGCAAUUAUUUUAGUGGUCGGCAUCCUUCUUCUAGUUGCAGGGUUGGUUAUGGUCCUUGGAGUCUUCCCAAACAUUGUUCACAAUCAAAUUAACGACGGAAAAGUGUUAGGAACCAAUGACGAUGGAACUUUAAACUCAUUCACCGACAGUUGGGUACAUUCCAAAUAUAUUUCUACUAUGCAAUAUUGGGUUUACGAUUACACAAAUACAAUUGGAAUUAUGAAUAGAGCACUGUAUCCUGAUGUUCGGGAAAAAGGUCCCUAUGCUUAUGAUGAGAUCAUCACCAUGGAUAAGGUGAACUUCAGUGCAAAUGGAGAAUUUAUGGAAUUUCGUCAAAUUCAGACUUUUGUUUUCAAUGCAAACAAGUCGUGUCCAGGAUGCGACCCUUACAAAGAUAAAGUGUUGAUUCCCGACAUGGGAUUCCAAGUGGGAAUUGACACUAUUGACUCAACGGUUGAAGCUAUUUUGAAAAACCCAAUAGCCGUCCAGCUGUGUCAUGCGCUUAUGAAAAAGAGAGCCAAUGCUACCAUAGCCUGUCAGAAUCUAGCUGCAACUAUCGAAGGAGAAAUCGGAACUCUGAUUAGUCUGUUCGGCGUCUCUCCGUUUGUCACUGUGACUGUUGACGAGUUGUUGUUCUCUGGUUACAAGACUCCAUUUGUUGACAAAUUUGUGAACACUGCAUUGGGAAUGUUUCAUUUCAUUUUUGACACACCGCCAAACCCGCUUCCAAACCCUCCGAUUCAAUUGAAUCCCUUGAAUGGAACUAGUGAUGUUAUCAACACAGUUCUAACUGGAAAAACGGAUCCAUUGAAAGCUGGUUUCAUGACAGAAUUCAGAAGUAUUUCGAAUGAUUCUAUGUUCAACAGUAUUGGUAGUACAUUACCUCCGAUGUGGUGGCCCUACGCAAACAAGACCUAUUGCAAAGAUCCCACAUCUGCAUUAAAGAUUGUUGGAACUAACGGUGAUUUCUUCAAAAACUUCGUAGACAAAACCGAUAUCUUGCCUGCAUUUGUUUCUGAUGUUUGUAGAUCAAUCAACUUUGUUUUUGACCGAGAAGUGACUGUCCGAGGAUUCAAAGGGUACCGUUUUAUUAUGCCACCCACUCAGUUUGACUACACUUUGGACGAAAAUUGCGGAUUCUGCGUUCCAUUAAAAUAUGGAGCCUACGAGUAUCCCCCACAAAGUGCUUGCCUCCCAAGCGGAUUGUUGGAUAUCAGUGGAUGUACCGGUGGCCCGAUCAUCAUGUCCAAACCACAUUUCUACCAAGCUGACCGAAUGGUGUCCAGAUUUGUCCCACGAUUCAAACCAACCUACGAUGAAGACGAAACUAUGUUGGAUAUAGAACCCAACACCGGAACAGUUCUUCAAGCUCAAAAGCGUCUUCAAAUCAAUAUGCUCGUGAACCAAUACAAACAUAUCAGGUCUUAUUCAGUAAUGAGACCUGGGGCCUACCCAUUGGCUUGGGUGAAUGAGUCUUUCUAUAUGGAUCAGGGCACGAUAGACCAGUUGAACUCACAGCUAUUCGAUCCUGUGAAUCUUGUGGAUACAAUUUGUUGGGUAGCCGUUGGUGUUGGAAGUGGUAUGAUUGCUUUGGCAAUCGUUAUGGUUAUUAUCUCCUUCUGUUGCUUCCAAGACGAACAUCACAAAACUUCAUAA